GCCCUCAGUCCCGCCAUGGCGCUCGGCGGGCUCGGUGGUGGCGGCGGCGGCGGCGGCGGCGCGGCUCGGGCCCCGUGGCCGCGGCUGCUGCUGGCGGCGGCGGCGGCGGCGCUGGCGCUGGCGGGGCCGGCGCUGCCCGAGGUGCUGUUCCGCUGCCCGCCCUGCACGGCCGAGCGCCUGGCCGCCUGCCCCCCGGCUUCCCGGCCGCCCUGCCCGGAGCUGGUGAGGGAACCGGGUUGCGGUUGCUGCCCGGUGUGCGCCCGCUUGGAGGCCGAAGCGUGCGGCGUUUACACGCCGCGCUGCGCCGCCGGCUUGCGCUGCUACCCCGACCCCGGCGCCGAGCUGCCCCUGCAAGCCCUGGUGCAAGGGCAGGGCACCUGCGCCCGCCGCAGGGACGCCGCCGAGUACGGGGCCAGCGCCGAGCGGCCCGCAGACAAUGGCGAUGACCGGUCCGAGAGCAUCCUUGCCGAGAAUCACGUGGAUGGCACCCCAGGGAUCCUGAGCGGAGCUGGGGGCAGGAAACCCAUGAAAACGGGCAUGAAGGAGCUGGCGGUUAUGAGGGAGAAGGUGAAUGAGCAGCAGCGGCAGAUGGGCAAAGUGGGCAAGCCCCAUCACAACCACGAGGACUCGAAGAAGUCGCGGAUGCCGACGGGCAGGACCCCUUGUCAGCAGGAGCUGGAUCAGGUCCUGGAACGCAUCUCCACCAUGCGGCUGCCGGAUGAGCGAGGUCCCCUGGAGCACCUCUACUCCCUCCACAUCCCCAACUGCGACAAGCAUGGCUUGUACAAUCUCAAGCAGUGCAAGAUGUCGGUGAACGGGCAGCGUGGCGAGUGCUGGUGUGUGGACCCCAUCCACGGGAAGGUGAUCCAGGGUGCGCCCACCAUCCGUGGGGACCCCGAGUGCCACCUCUUCUACACAGCCCACGAGCAGGAGGACCGGGGAGCACACGCCCUGCGGAGCCAGUAGACGGACGUGAUCCUGCUCGCCGUGGCCCUGGUGCUGGAUUUGUACAUGGUUUUCAGCGUGUCUCUUUAGGCUCUGGAAGAGACCAGGGUUGGGUCCCGCGUUCUGCCCUCCUGCUGCCCGGCUCCUGGGGAGGGAGGGGAAGGGCGGUGGGGGAGUUGCAAGGAGAAGGGACUGCUUUCCUAUAGUCUUUUGCCCAAUGUCAGCCAGAGAACCGGUCUUUUUUGCUCCUCGCCCUGUGGCCCUGCCCUCCCUGCUGCUUUGCGGCACCUUCCACAGGCAAAACCCUUUGCCAUGGAGGGGAGGGGGAAAAAAAAAAUAAAUAAACAACAACAAAAAAAUCCCACUUCCCCCUCCAUCCCUCCCUCCCCCGAGACCAAAGACUGUAAAUACUGCUUCUCGUGUCCUGUUGGUCCUGGCGUGGGAUGCGGUGUGGGAGGGAGGGAAGGAGGAAAGCCCCCCUUCCCAGCUGGAACAUGCCAGCGCAAUGGGGAUGCGUCCCCCAAGGGGGCAUCACCAGGGGAUAGAAACAAGACAGUCCCCCCAAAACCACCCCUAGCUGCAGCCAGCCCUGCUGGUCCAGGAGGAUGGGGCCUCUGGGUGACUGCAGAGCUGAACGCUUGGUUUUCUGAGGGGUUUGGAGGGCUGUUGCCCAGUAUUUCUUAGGGUCGGCUUAAGCUGAGGGAGCUAAAGUGAACUUGCCGGGGCUGGGUGGAAGGAUGCCUGUGUAGAUUUAGGAUAACCAGCCAGGGAGUGUCUCUCUUUCUCUCUUUCUUUCUUUCUAGAUAGGAAAAACUCAUCUAAAACCUGCACUCCCAGCAGCUGCUCUUGUCCCUCCAUUUUCGCUUGGGACAGGAGUGAGCAUUUGCUAUUCAGCACACACUUUUUUUUUGUAAGUACAGUAUAUAUCAUGCUUUGUAAAGGCCAGGACACACACGCACCCGUCUGCCCACGUACACGUUUGUAUAGGUUAAAGCCAAGCAAUUGCAGGCACUCUGAGAGGUUUUGCACUGGACAUGCCGCUCUGAGGACCGAUGUGUCUCUGCCAUUACUUCACCUGUUGAUUUCUUUCUGUACAGAACACACCGACGCUGAGAAUAAAUAACUUCCCCGUCGCCUAA